CUGAAGAGGCACCCGCAAUGCAAAUUGUGGUAUGAUUGAAAAUCGUUUUCAAAAGUGGCUGUGGCUCGGCAAUUUUUAGAUCGAAGUGCGUUUUAUUGAUGAAACAUUGUAAAUUAAACUUAAUUAUUAAACGAAAUUAUCAUCGUUUUCUCGAGAUCCGGUUGUGUCUCAUCAGUUUUUAUUUUUUCCCCCGGAACUGCGUUUUUCUUGAUCCUUGUAUGUCAGGGAGCGACCAAAUGUUCUAUUAAGAAGUCAGCUAUGCUUGAACUGGAUGAAAGGCCAACUUAAUAUUCGAUUUGCUUCUGUCAAGUAUGACAUCCAUUCUUCCAUUCACGCUACCAGUUGUGAAACGCCUUCUUGGUUGGAAGAGAGGAGAAGGUGAGGAAAAGUGGAGUGAAAAAGCUGUGAAAAGCUUAGUUAAGAAACUUAGAAAAACCGGUGGUUUGGAUGAACUAGUAAAUUCAAUCUCUAGCCAGGAUCCCAAUACUAGGUGCAUCACCAUCCCAAGGUCUUUAGACGGUCGACUCCAAGUAUUUAAAAAGAAAGGUCUCCCUCAUGUUAUUUACUGCCGCCUGUGGCGCUGGCCAGAUUUGCAAAGCCAUCACGAACUAAGAGCGAUUGAAAGCUGUGAAUUUGCAUUUAAUCUCAAAAGGGACGAAGUUUGUGUAAAUCCAUAUCAUUACCUUCGCGUGGAAACACCUGUGCUGCCAACAGUUUAUGUUCCACGUACCACGGGGGAGGUACCUACUCAGCUACCACCUCUAGACGAUUAUAUUAAUUCUGUUCCUGAGAAUACUGAAUUUCCUCUCGGUCUGGAGAACCGCAAUUUUCCUUUGACUGACACUCCACCACCAGGCUACAUGAGUGAAGACGGCGACAGCCAAGAGCAAAAUGGCACCGAAAAUAUGGAUGCUGCUCUUAUUUCUUCGCCAAGUCCACCUCUUGAUGUACAGCCUGUAACAUAUACUGAACCAGCCUUCUGGUGUUCAAUAUCCUACUAUGAGUUAAAUACACGAGUGGGGGAAACUUUUCAUGCAUCUCAACCAUCUCUGACUGUUGAUGGCUUUACUGACCCUUCAAGCUCUGAGCGUUUUUGUCUUGGGCUUCUGUCAAAUGUAAAUCGAAACAGUGUAGUAGAGCAAACAAGAAGACAUAUAGGUCGUGGUGUAAGGUUGUAUUAUAUUGGUGGUGAGGUUUUUGCAGAAUGUCUUAGUGAUAGCAGCAUAUUUGUGCAAAGUCCUAAUUGUAACCAAAGAUAUGGAUGGCAUCCUGCAACAGUAUGCAAAAUUCCUCCAGGCUGCAAUUUAAAGAUAUUCAAUAAUCAAGAAUUUGCUGCAUUGUUAGCACAAUCUGUUAGCCAAGGGUUUGAAGCUGUUUACCAGCUGACAAGAAUGUGCACAAUUAGAAUGAGCUUUGUGAAAGGUUGGGGUGCUGAAUAUCGCCGACAAACAGUUACUUCUACUCCAUGUUGGAUAGAGUUGCACCUGAAUGGCCCUUUGCAGUGGUUAGAUAGAGUUCUAACCCAGAUGGGAACACCAAGAAUCCCAUGCAGUUCCAUGUCCUAAUUAUAACAAAGCUUGCAUGCAUUCUAUGAUCUGGUGCUGCUUUUUUUUUUUAUCCCAGUGGGUAGCUAACAUCAUGGAUGUUGUUGGUUUUUGUGGUGAUGUAAUUUGCUAAGGAAAGUUUUAAGAAUGUUACUGUUAUCCAUUUCUCUUCUCCAUUGGAUGUUGUUUCUUGCAUUAUAUAGUUGAAAAUUAUAUGUAUCAAAUAUCAUCAAUAGAAUUUGAAUCAAUUGUUGAAAUUUUGCUUUCCUUUCCAUAUUCUUUUCUCAACUAAUGUAUAUGUUUCAUGUAUGUGCAUGUUUGUAUGCUAAAAAUAUGCUGAUAGCUAUUAUACUUUGUUGUAUUUUAUGUAUGCAGUCAUCGUAGAUUAUCAUUCUCUUCCUUUUCCUUCUCUUUAUACUAUGAUAAUGUAAACAAACUAAAGAAAAUGCGAAGAAAUAUUUUUUUUUUUCUUUUAUGAUAGCGACUUUAGUAGAGAUGUUUUCUUAGUGUUAUCUAAUAUCAUUAUAAUCCUUGGUUAGGCGUAGCUUCAGUUUCAAAUGUACAUAUUGCUGAUAUUUGUAACUGUGUUCAUGCAUGAUUUAAAAAUACAAGUUUCAUUUUCUACUUAUUCUGAUUGAAUUUAAAUUUAAGAGUUUAGAUAAUAAACUCUGAUUUGGAAGAUAUUUUCGUUCUUUAUAAAUUCCGUAUUUAACCCUUCUUGCUAAGCAUGUUCUUCAUUUCAAAAUAAUUAGAAUAUAGAUCUUUGGUAGCUUUUUAAUUAAACCUUUGGAUACGAGUAUUGAAAUCAAAUACGGCUUGAACGAAAAAAAGAAU